AUGGCUUCUGCUACCGGUUUCACACUGCACUCACCAACCAAUUCAAUUUCUAACUACAAACACCAUCGCCGAUUAAACCGCACGGUGGUAAUUCGGUGCUCUUCCCCAGCAAAUUCUCUCAGCUCUGACGCUGCCGUUUCCGUCGCCACUGUCACCCCGUCCUACCGUCGGCUUUAUAACAAAGAUGCUACCGGUACUACCGGAGUUGUUGUCAAAAACCCCGCGCCGAAGUUGAACUUGCUCCAGCGACUGGCAGCGACCGCUCUCGAUGCCGCCGAGGAAAUGUUCAUAUCAGCGGUGCUCGAGCGGCCGCGCCCUCUCCCGAGGACUGCAGAUCCAGCCGUGCAAAUUGCUGGCAACUUCGCACCGGUCGACGAGCAGCCGCCCUGCUAUGACCUCCCUGUUCGCGGUCGCAUCCCUCCGUUCAUCGACGGCGUCUACGUCCGCAACGGCGCAAAUCCCCUGUUCGAUCCCGUCGCCGGGCACCACUUCUUCGACGGCGACGGCAUGCUGCACCUCGUUUCCCUUCUCAACAGCACGGCCGCAUCGUACGCCUGCCGCUACACUGAGACAGAGCGCCUCCAGCAGGAGCGCGCGCUAGGAAAGCCUGUGUUCCCCAAGGCGAUCGGCGAGCUCCAUGGUCACUCCGGCAUCGCGCGCUUGUUACUCUUCUACGCGCGGAGUCUCUUCGGGCUCGUGGACGGUAAUCGAGGGACCGGCGUGGCCAACGCUGGCCUCGUCUACUUCGCCGACCGCCUCCUUGCCAUGUCAGAGGACGACGUUCCUUACCAUGUCCGCAUCACCCCUUCCGGCGACCUCGAGACAGUGGGGCGCUACGACUUCGAAGGCCAGCUGCGCUCCUCCAUGAUCGCGCAUCCAAAGUUGGACCCUGUCUCGAGGGAACUCUUCUCGCUCAGCUAUGACUUCAUCUGCAAGCCUUACCUCAAAUACUUCUACUUCACCCCCAACGGCGACAAGUCCUCCGAGGUGGAGAUCCCCCUCGACCAGCCAACCAUGAUUCAUGACUUUGCUAUCACAGAGAACUACGUCGUGGUGCCGGACCAGCAGGUGGUGUUCAAGCUGCCGGAGAUGCUCCGCGGCGGCUCUCCGGUCAUCUACGAUGGCACGAAGGCGGCACGCUUCGGCAUACUGCCCAAGUACGCUGCCAGCUCCGCCGAGAUGGUGUGGAUCGACGUGCCGGAUUGCUUCUGCUUCCACCUGUGGAAUGCGUGGGAAGAGCCGGUCACCGGCGAGGUGGUGGUGAUAGGCUCGUGCAUGACGCCGCCGGAUUCCAUCUUCAAUGAGUCCGAGGAGAGUCUCACGAGCAUCCUCUCGGAGAUCCGACUCGACCUCAGGACCGGCGAGUCCACGCGCCGCCCAAUUCUAGCUCCGGCGAACCAACUCAACCUGGAAGCCGGGAUGGUGAACCGGAACAAGCUGGGGAGGAAGACCCGCUACGCCUACCUCGCCAUUGCAGAGCCAUGGCCGAGAGUUUCCGGGCUCGCGAAGGUCGACCUCUCCACCGGAGAAGUGCGAAAGUUCAUCUUCGGCGACGGCCGGUACGGCGGCGAACCCUGCUUCGUGGCGAGGGACUCGAGUUCCCAGGAGGACGACGGCUGCGUGGUGACAUUCAUGCACGACGAGCGGACGUCCGAGUCGGAGCUGCUGGUGUUGAACGCUGCAAACAUGCAGCUGGAGGCGGCCGUGGAGCUGCCGUCACGAGUGCCGUACGGCUUCCACGGCACCUUCAUAAGCAAGAGGGAGCUGGAGUCGCAAGCUUAGGGAUUAAUUAGAGCACUAAUUAUAAUGGGAAUGAUAGAGAUUAACAGCAGAGUACCGCACCAUGCAAUGUAGGACACUGUUUGAAUGGGUAGGUCUCCUGUUGGUGGUGGUCAAUAAGGACACGAGGCAGAAAGAAGAGGAUAGUACCUUACUAUUGGGUUUGUAACGUGGCUGAGCCCGAGCUCAUCCGGUUUCUUUCGUUCUUGUUCAACUGCACUGUUCAUAUUACAGAGGCGUCAGUCUUGCUCAUCGUGCAUGUCCUUGUUGCAUUGAUUGAUCAAGAGUUCACCAUCAUGGCUACUGCCAAUGAUGGUAACGGAGCGGCAGAGAAGAUCACGACGAGAUCCGAAGCACAAAAAUGCACAGUGAAGCUUCUAAAGAUGUUCAUUAUAGGUUCAGUUCACUUCUUCGAGUUGGAUGUAUGAUCCAACCAGAUGAAUCAAAGCUGGAGUGAGAAGGGAUUGUGUGACUAAACAAUCCAAGUCACUUAGAAAUGGAGGAAAUAAUAAACGAAAAGAUAAAGGAAAAAAAAAGAACCAGCAUAGCGUGG